AUGAUGGGUGAAGAACUUUCUGGUUUGGGUAUUAAAGAGUUGGGGAAUCUGGAGAACCGAUUGGAGAUGAGUUUGAAGGGUGUUCGCAUAAAGAAGGAUCAAAUUCUCAUUGAUGAGGUCAAAGAACUACACCAAAAGGGAAGCCUAGCUAAUCAAGAAAAUGUACAACUUCAGAGAAAGAUAAAUCUCAUUAGCAAGGAAAAUGAAGAACUACGAAAGGCUAUUGAAGCAAAAGGUAGAAAAGAAGGUUCUGCAACAUCCAAUUGUCCAUACACUAUCACUUAUGGAUAUGAUAUUCUUGCUCCUAUUAGUCUCCAGCUAAGCCAGCCACAGCCUCAACACAGUGAACCACCAGCCAAAGCAAUGAAACUGGGAUUAAGCUGCAAUAGGAAAAACUGUUCCAAAAGUAGUGAUGGUGAUGAUCUCUGA